CACGCGGAAGUCCUGGAAAUGCUAUCAUCUGCCGAGCAAGCUUUUAGCACCUAUGAGCCUGCCGAGUAUAUGCUCCUGCAGCUGAAUAAUCCCGUGGAAAUCAUUCGCACCCAGCGCGUUUGCCGUAACUAGAGAGAUGUUGUCCAAACGUCCCCGGCGCUCUAGGAGGCCUGCUGGUAUCAAUCCUCCAAUACUAGAGAUGCUCAAACAUGGUCAAUCUCCGGUGAAUAAACAUGGAAGCUGAACACUGCUUUCAACCGAAUAGGCGUCUCAUUAUCCAAGAUACAGGAGAAGAUAGAGAGUUAAUAGACGGGCUUCAAGAAAAGGGGGAUUUCAGCUUGGAGGAAGGCAUCUAUGACAAACCUGGAUCAUGGACGACCAUGCUAGCCACGCAGCCUCUCUGCCAGAGAAUGUUGGUCGGAUGCUAUGGCGACUAUUCCGGUGACGUGACAAUGUUCUAUCAAAUUGUAUCCAUGACAGGCCGUCUCUUUAUGGGCGACAUUAUGGCUGUUCUAGCAGAAUACCAGAAUCGACAACCAUGCGGCGUAGAUUGCUGGGCUGGAGUAUUCCACUAUACAGGCCGGUUAGUCCGAUGGGAAGGGAGUCAUUGGGAUGCCUAUCACUGAGUAGCUCUUGACAAAAUGCUGGAUAAUGUUUUAAUUAAAGUUACAGUCGAGCUGCUUUGGGGAGUAGGGAAGUGUCCUGUAUUUUCCCU